AUGUCGGGACGUGGUAAAGGAGGUAAAGCUAAAUCUUCUGGAAAAUCAAAAUCACGUUCAAGUCGUGCUGGACUUCAAUUCCCUGUUGGAAGACUUCAUCGUAUGUUACGGAAAGGAAAUUAUGCUGAACGUGUUGGAGCUGGAGCACCAGUAUAUCUUGCAGCCGUCCUUGAAUAUCUUGCUGCUGAAGUUCUUGAGUUAGCAGGAAAUGCAGCUAGAGAUAAUAAAAAAACAAGGAUCAAUCCAAGACAUCUACAAUUAGCUAUUAGAAAUGAUGAAGAAUUAAAUAAACUUUUGUCAGGUGUUACAAUUGCACAGGGAGGAGUCUUACCAAAUAUACCAACUAAUUUAAUGCCUAAAAAAGGCACAGAAAACAUUGGUGAUUGA